AGAUGAUCCGAACCAUGACGAGCUUUAGGUGGCUGUGGUGUAGUUGGCCCUAUCUACUAUAAGAAAACAGCCAAAUAGGCAUUCUUUUAAAAUUUUCCCUCAUCUCUGUUUUCUUUUUGUUUUUAUUUUCAGUCUCUGGCGCCAAACACUCUUUUCCCCCAUUUUGAUCCGAAAUUCCAAACCCUAGUUUCAGUAGAAAGGAAAAAAAAGAAAAGAAAAAGUAAACAGAGCUAUAAAAAAUAAUGCCGAGAGAAAUCAUAACACUGCAGGUUGGACAAUGUGGGAACCAAAUCGGCAUGGAGUUCUGGAAACAGCUCUGCCUCGAACACGGCAUAAGCAAAGAAGGCAUACUUGAAGAUUUCGCUACUCAGGGAGGUGACAGGAAAGAUGUCUUUUUCUACCAAGCUGACGAUCAGCAUUAUAUUCCACGUGCUUUACUUAUAGAUUUGGAGCCUAGAGUGAUUAAUGGAAUUCAAAAUAGUGAUUACCGGAACCUGUACAAUCAUGAAAACAUCUUUGUUUCUGAUCAUGGUGGAGGUGCUGGAAACAACUGGGCCAGUGGAUAUCAUCAGGGGAAGGGUGUUGAAGAGGAUAUAAUGGACAUGAUUGACAGAGAAGCUGAUGGAAGUGAUAGUCUUGAGGGUUUUGUUUUAUGUCAUUCAAUUGCUGGAGGGACAGGCUCAGGUAUGGGUUCCUAUCUGUUGGAGGCUCUGAAUGAUCGCUACAGUAAGAAGCUGGUCCAGACAUAUAGUGUAUUUCCUAAUCAGAUGGAGACAAGUGAUGUGGUGGUCCAACCCUACAACUCACUUUUGACUCUCAAGCGACUAACUGUAAAUGCUGAUUGUGUUGUUGUUCUUGACAAUACUGCACUUAAUAGAAUUGCUGUGGAGCGUUUACAUCUAAGUAAUCCUACAUUUGCUCAAACAAAUUCUUUGGUCUCCACUGUAAUGUCUGCAAGCACAACUACAUUGCGGUAUCCAGGGUACAUGAACAACGAUUUGGUUGGUCUUCUUGCCUCUUUAAUUCCAACACCAAGAUGUCAUUUUCUUAUGACGGGUUACACACCACUUACAGUAGAGCGCCAGGCCAAUGUGAUACGCAAAACUACUGUCCUUGAUGUUAUGAGAAGACUUCUCCAGUCAAAAAAUAUCAUGGUUUCCUCUUACGCACGCACAAAAGAAGCUAGCCAAGCAAAGUAUAUUUCAAUACUUAAUAUAAUUCAGGGAGAAGUAGAUCCUACUCAGGUGCAUGAAAGUCUACAGAGGAUUCGUGAAAGAAAGCUAGUAAAUUUUAUUGAGUGGGGCCCUGCAAGUAUUCAGGUUGCUCUUUCUAGAAAGUCCCCAUAUGUUCAGACUGCCCAUAGGGUGAGUGGUCUUAUGCUAGCAAGCCACACCAGCAUCCGACAUCUCUUCAGCAAAUGUUUGAGCCAGUAUGAGAAGUUAAGAAAGAAGCAAGCGUUUCUUGACAAUUACCGGAAGUUCCCAAUGUUUGCUGACAAUGAUCUUUCAGAGUUUGAUGAAUCAAGGGAUAUAAUUGAAAGUUUGGUUGAUGAAUACAAGGCUUGUGAGUCACCAGAUUAUAUCAAAUGGGGAAUGGAGGAUCCUGGCCAUAGUUUAACCGCAGAAGGAAAUGCCUCGGGAACACUGGAUCCGAAACUGGAAGUGUGAACAGAAUCGUAUUUUCUCUCAGGAUACCCGCAUUAAUAUUAGGAACAUUCUGGGGAGUGGAUUGUAAAAAAAUAAAUUAAACUGUCAUUUUUGUCUUUGUCAAAAAAGGAAAACAAGUGUUGUGGAUUAUUGAAACAUAGCAUGUAAUAUGAUAUAUUUUUUAGUUUUUA